AUGACGACUAAGACCAUCCAUGGGAACUCGCAAUUUCAGAAGCCCUCUUCUUUACGCUGGACGUGGGAGUCACCCUUUGGAGGGUACCGUAAUGAAAUAGACCACAUCAUCGUCAAUAAAAGGUUCUGCCUGACGGACGUCGGUGUUGUACCAAAGUUCUAUACGGGAUCGGACCAUCGCCUCCUCCGAGGAAGAUUUUCCUUCACAAGGAGAGUAGAGAAGGCCGCCAAGUUCAGAGAGAGAAAUCCCAGGACUACCAUCAACUGGGAUCUCUUCGCUACGCUAGCCGGCUUUUGGGAAGAUUCCGCAAUGGACAACAUCGACGAGGAAUAUGACCGGCUUGUCGAACACCUUCACGACUGCGCGAAGAAGGCUGAGAGUUUUAAAACCACCAAGAGGCGCCUGUCUCUUGAAACUCUUGAGCUGAUACGCCAGCGUGGAGCAGCACGAGCCGCAGGGAACCAAGAACUCACGUCCGAGCUCGCAAGGCUUUGCCGAGAGGCGAUAAAGGAAACCCUUAAAGAGAGAAGAGCAGAACGGCUGGCUGAAGUUGCAGAGGCGGGGAAAAGCAUCCGCUAUGCCCGUCGAGACUUCGCCAGUCGCAAGACGAGGAUGACUGCUCUCCGGAACCCAAACGGAACAGCCAUUGCAUCGAGAAGGGGGAUGGAGAAAAUCAUCUACGACUUCUACUCUGAUCUCUUCGACAGCCAUGUCCACUUGCCUCCUCACCAUCUGAGGGAAGAUGGACAAGUCAUUCCAGAGGUUCUCCCCGUCCGAAAUACGACAUGCUAUCAUGUCGGUAAGAAAUCGUACGGCACCCGGUCCCGACAGAAUAAGACCAGAACACCUGAAGAGCCUUCCGCCAGUACUCAUCAACACCCUGGCGAGGCUCUUUACACGUUAUCUGUCGGAAUGCAAGGUUCCUAA